AUGGAGUUGGAGAUGAACUUGGACCUAAAGGCUCAACUAAGGGAGCUGAACAUCAUGGCUGCUAAUGAAAUCCAAGUUGGCCGUGGCCAGAAAGCUAUCAUAAUCUUUGUUCCCAUUCCUCAACUAAAAUCCUUCCAGAAAAUUCAAGUCUGGCUAGUUCGUGAGCUGGAGAAAAAGUUUAGUGGGAAACACGUUGUCUUUAUUGCUCAGAGGAGAAUUCUGCCUAAGCCAACUCAAAAAAGUUGUAUGAAAAAUAAGCGAAAGCACCCUAGGAGUCACACUCUGAGAGCCAUGCAUGAUGCAAUUCUUGAGGACUUGGUCUUCCCAAGUGAAAUCGUGGGCACGAGAAUCCCUGUGAAACGGGAUAGCAGCAGGCUCAUAAAGGUCCAUCUGGACAAAGCACAGCCUAAGGUGGAAACUCUGGUGUCUGUAAGAAGCACAUAG